AUGUCCGCCACGGAAAGCCCCGAAGAUGGGGCACCCCGUGCCGGUGAGGACUGGACGGGUGCCGCCCCGGCGGCUGCGAGGGAGCAAGCCCGACCACCACCCCGGAAGAGGAGGAGGAUAGUCAUCUCAUGCACCGAGUGUCAUCGCCGGAAACAAAAGUGUGACCGCAAGCUCCCCUGCACAAACUGUGUCUCGCGCAACAAGGAGAGCGCAUGUCGCUAUGAGACGGGUGCACCAACCGGUAAACAGAAUGGGAGGCUGGCAAACGCCGCAAAAAACAAUCCCCAUGAAGCAUCAUCCACCCCAGCAACCCAACCUAACCCCAACGCCAUCUCCCUCCCCGCCACAACAGCCGCCGCCUUUGGCUACUCACACGCUAGUGCCAGCACUCUCGGCUUCCUGCACCGUAUCGAAUCCCACCCCGGCGACCCCCGCGACGGCGACAACAACAACAACGACAGCACCAACCCCCACCCCCUCACCACCCAACUCACCGCCCCAGCCCCCACUGCCACCACCACCGCAGACCCAGCAAUCGACACCACCACCCGCGACCGCUACAAGACCCUCGUGCGCCAGCUGCCCGCCCGCUGCGCCGUCGACAAGCUCGCGGGCCUCUACUUCGCCGAGUUCAACCCGCACUACGCCGUGCUGGACCGCGCCCUGUUCGAGGAGCAGCUGGCCGCCUGGUACCGCCUGCCCUUCAGCAUGCUGGCCACUGGGCCCGGGCCCGCCGCCCUCGACUGCGAGAUGCGCGCUUUCCCCGCCGUCGUGUUCCAGGUCUGUGCCGUGGGCCUGUUGGUGCUGGAUGAUGAGGCCGAGGGCGGUGAUGGCGGGUAUGAGCACUACCGGAGCGCGGGCCAUGGGCAGGGCGUGGAGGAGGGGGAGAAUUGGUUUGGUGGGUUGAAGUAUGCGGGCGGGAUGACGUUUGAGGAUUUGGCAAGGGAGUAUAGCGAUUGUGGCAUGGAGGUGUUGGCGGUGCUGGGGAAGAGGGGGAUGGGGUUGAAUACUGUGGUAGCGGGGUGGAUGAGGGCCAGUUGGUUGAAGUAUGUGGGCUUGGUUACCGAGUCGUGGCAUGCCGUUGGUGCGGCCAUUCGCGACGCCCAGGAGAUUGGCUUGCACCGCGACAGCCGUGACCCCAAGCCUGCGAGCGACGACGCCGAGGCCGUGUUGGAGAACCAAUGGCAGGUGCAGCGCCGGAGGAUGAUGUGGAUGAUGCUGAUCCUGUGGGACCUGCACAUGGCCAGCGUGCUCGGCCGCCCGACCUCGGUCGACCUCAACAUGGCGGGCCCCUCACUGCCCGUCGACGCGCCCACGCCCAGGAUCCGUUCCAAGACCCCCGUCGUGCCGAGGGGGGAACAUGACCCGCCCACCCCCGUGACCAGGGCGCUUUGGGCUCACCAUAUCUUGCGCCCGCUCAAGGAGAUCAUCGAGUUGGAGAAGGAUGGGCCCUGCCCCAAGGACUUUGCGCGCGUCGACCGUCUGCACAACGAGCUGCUGGAGAUCGAUGCUAGGACGCCGGCCUACUUCCGCCUCGAGAAUCCGGACACCCGGUUCGAUGCCUUGCCCGAGUGCCACUGGCUCCCGCUGGCAAGGGUGGUUCUGCCGCAGUUGUUGACCUUUGAGUUGAUGGCGUUGCAUCGGCCGUACAUAUUUACGCGGCCGAAGAGUAGGACUGAGGCGCUGAAAGCAAGUCUGGAUAUGCUGCAUGCGCAGAGGCUGCACUUUCUGGCGCUCGAGCCGCAGAUGUACAAGACAUUCUCCCUCUUCUUUGGCACAUUCGACGCCAUCGUAAUGAUGGCCUCCAUUUACAUCCUGUUCCCUAAGGAACACCCCGACCUGAUGCAGAAAGCGCUCCAGCACUUCCACUGGGCCGUCAAGCGCUUUGAGGCCAUGGCAACCCGCAACCCGCUCGCCAAAGCGGCACUUGGCGUACUCCACGCCAUCUGCCAGCGGAUGACGAGGUCGCUAGGACUGACAUGUCAAGCCGUGCAGAAGAUGGUCAUCUCAGAACCCUCCCCAGCCUACCCGAACGGAACCACCCACAACGGCAGCGUCGGAUCCUCCAUAUCCGUGAGCCCCAGCACCACCACAAGCUACCACCCCUCCCCCUCCAUGGGCUCAAGAGCCAGCCUCAGCACAGCCGCGACCUCCACUCCCGGCGGGGCCGGAGACGGCUUCUCACCAUCCCAGCACGCACAACUCAACAACGGCCUCUCCCAUCACAACGGCAGCAGCAGCACUACGCUCCCGUCAGCCGCCUCCUCCAAUCCCACCCCGGAGUUUACCUUUAGCCUAGACCCGGACCUCUUCCCCAUCGCCCCCACCAUCGCCGCCGGCAGCCCCUUCGACUGGAACCCCCCCAGCGACUUUGACUGGUCCAGCCUGCAACCCAUCUACGCCACCAGCGACCUUGUCUAUCACAACCUGAGCAGGGCCGCACCCGGCGCGGAUGGCGGCGGCGGCGGGGAGAUGGGGUGGAAUUUUCAUGGCCAUCAUCCCCAUCAUCAUCAACUUCAUCCGCAGUAUCAGCAGCAGCAGCAGCAACAGGCUGGAGGUCAUGGGGGGAGCGGUGGCGGCGGGGGCGUCGAGGUUGAUGCUAAUGCGAGUGCGAAUGGGAAUGGGAAUGGGAAUGGGAAUGGUGUUUGCUUGACGCCGGGGGCGGGGGGAGAUGUGAGAUUGGGUGCUGUGGGGGGGGUGUCGAGUGCGCCGGCGCCGGCGGAGGGAGGGCCGAUGCUGCCGUCGUCGUAUAGCCAGUUUGGGGGGGACUUUGGCGAUGAUAGUUUGUGGAAUUUGCUGAAUCAGUAUGCGCCUAUUUAG